AUGUCUGUGGUUGAAACAUCGUCGCCGCACCUCCGUGUGUCGGCCAAUUCAUCUGCGAAAACACAAAAACAACAACAAUCCACCCGAAUCCAGGCACCAGAGGCAUUGGUCGACGACCAUUUCUUCUGGACAUACACUGAAGAGCCGCACCGAUCGAGACGACAGGCAAUCAUCAAGGCUCAUCCGGAGGUCACCAAAUUAUGUGGCCCCGAGCCCCUCACGAAAUGGGUCGUCCUCGGCGUCGUCUCUCUGCAGCUCACCUGUGCCUACCUCCUCCGCAACACUUCAAUGCUCGACUGGCGGUUCCUGGCCACAGCAUACGUGAUCGGUGCAACUUGCAACCAGAACCUGUUCCUCGCUAUCCAUGAGAUUUCCCACAAUCUGGCAUUCCGGUCUGCCUUCGCCAACCGGUUGCUUGCCAUCUUUGCCAACCUCCCUAUCGGACUGCCGUACAGCGCAGCCUUCAGACCCUAUCACCUAACCCACCACAAAUCCCUCGGAGUCACAGGCCUCGACACCGACCUACCAACAGCAGUCGAAGCCUUCUUCCUCAACUCGCUCCUCGGCAAGACCUUCUUCUGCACCUUCCAAAUCCUUUUCUACGCCGUCCGCCCAAUGUUCAUCUACAGCCCCCCCUUCACCUCCAUCCACCUCCUCAACCUCAGCGUACAACUAACCUUCGACUACGCCCUCACAAAAUCCUGCGGCUCCAUCCAACCAUUCCUCUACUUCAUCCUCAGCUCCUUCCUAGCCGGAUCCCUGCACCCCUGCGCAGGCCACUUCAUCGCCGAGCACUACUUCUUCUCGAACGUCAAGAACGGCGGGACCGAGUCUCUGAGCGAGCUGAAGAAGAGCGACAAGUCCAAGACACAGACUGCCCACCCACUCGACUCCCUUCCUCCCCCGGAGACAUACUCGUACUACGGUCCCCUCAAUAUCCUGACAUACAACGUCGGCUUGCAUAACGAGCACCACGAUUUCCCUGCUAUCCCAUGGACCAAACUGCACAAGCUGCAUGAGAUUGCCAGCGAGUUCUAUGAGCCGCUGCCUUGUCAUCGCAGCUGGGUCUGGGUUAUCUAUACCUUUAUUCUAGAUAAGAAUGUUGGUCCGUGGUGUCGUGUGAAGCGCGAGCAGGGUGGACGUAUUGUUGGCGGUGGGAAGAAGGGAGAUACAUCUGCGUCUAAGCAAGGAAAUGGACGUAGUGGAGAAGGUAUCUCUGCUGCGUCGGCGGGUCCGGACGACGAGGAGGGUGAUGGGUGGAAGGAGAGUGAGCUUCAGUGUUAG